UUCAUGACCAUUCUGAAAGAUGAUCUUAAUCUAGGAAAUGGUUCCCAGCUAACUAUCAUUAGUGAUAUGCAAAAGGGACUAAUAGCUGCUGUAGAUGAACUAUUUCCAGAAUGUGAGCACAGAAUGUGUGCUAGACACAUAUUAGCAAAUUGGUCACAAAACUUCAGAGGCUUAGAGAGAAGAAAGAAAUUUUGGGCUUGUGCUAGAUCAACAUUUGAGGCACAAUUUAAGUACAAUAUAAAUGCCCUGUCCAAGCUGGGAAUAGGUAUUGUUGAAUCCCUUAUCAAAUACAACAAGGAGACAUGGUGUAAAGCUUUUAUUCAAACAUUUUCAAAGUGUGAUAGCAUAGAUAACAACAUGGCAGAGAGUUUCAAUUCUUGGAUCUUGGGACCUAGGAACAAGACCAUUGUAACUAUGUUGGAAGAAAUUAGAGUUAAGGUGAUGAGUAGAGUGAGUAAGUCAAGAGCAUUUGCUGAAACAUGGACAGAUGGAAUAUCUCCAAUGGCAAUGAUGGUAUUCAAUACAAAUGUAACAAGAUCAAUGCAGUGCAACAUUGAAUGGAAUGGUGAUGUUGGAUUUGAAGUGUUAGAAGGGGUAUACAAGCAUACUGUGAACUUGGGUCAACAAAAAUGUAGUUGCAGAUCAUGGGAAUUAAAAGGUAUCCCAUGUGCACAUGGUAUAGCAGCAAUGAACCACUUGAACAUGGAUGCAUCACAAGCAAUAUCUAGUUGGUAUAGAAAAGACACAUAUAUGAAGACAUAUUCUCAUUUCAUUCAACCAGUCCCAAACAUGGAAAUGUGGCCUGAAAGUAGAAACCCAAUGGUUGAACCACCUGAGGCAAGACAAAUGCCUGGUAGGCCACCAAAGAACAGAAGAAGAGAAAUUGGUGAAGUGAGAAAAGCUGGAAAGUUGCCAAGAAUGGGGACAGUAAUGACAUGUUCACUUUGCAAAGGACCAAAUCAUAACAAGAGAAAUUGUCCAAAAAAUCCUAAAACUAAGUCUACACCAACACCCACUCAAGAGUCCACCACUGGAAAAAAGAGGGGUAGAGGUCAUUAUGAAAGAACAAGCACCAGUAAGACUGGUACAAGAAGAGGUGCAGGAAGUGGUUACAAGAAGAGGCCUAAAGUUGUUGGACAAGGUGUAUUUGUUGCUGAUACUGGAUAUACGUGUAUUAAUCAAGGAUUGUCUAGCAGAAGGAGGGUUAAUACUGGUGUGGUGAGUUCUGCACAUGUGACAGGUGAUAUUGGUUUUAAACCUACCAAGGGACUGAAGUGGAAAGGCAAACAGGCCAUGACUCAAAGAGAACUUCAAGUCGAAAGUGUUAUGCGUCGUAUUCAAACCAGAUCAAAAGCUGAUGGCAUUCAAACAAGGUCACAAGCCAAAGGAAAAUCACUCUCAAAGAAAACUUCUUAGUUGUGUGGUUGUGGUGUCCAACCAAACUUGAAAUAGUGUUUUAUGUGGUUUUAUGUGUUGAUGAAUCUAUGGUUGUUCAAACAAACUUAAAGUAGUUACUGUUUUAUGUUUUGCUAGUUAACUUAAGUUAUUGUGGUUGUUGGUUGGUGCU